AUCGCCUUUACGUCCGCGGGAAAACCGCUGAUCCUUGGUUCCGUUACGAGUCCUGUAACGUCCUCAGCCUGACCGACAUAAGCUCGACCGUGCACCUAUCAUCUUUCCCUAUAGCCUAACGGCUUUUUUGUUUUUUGGCCUUCGCUUUAUGCAUACCGGUCUUUUUCGCCCGUUCGAUGCCUCCAAGCAUCCAUGAUCGAGGUACAGCACCUCUAGCUCGGAAAAGCUGUGCCCACAUUGCAGGCCAUUCUCGACACACAUCAGCUCCUAACCCCGCAUCGCGCGCCCGGCCAUGGCUGAUAAUGCCAAUCGUCUACCGGGCCAGACUCAAGCUUCUCCAUCCCAGCCACAGCUGAGUGCAGCGCAUGAAGAGGCAGCGUCGAUUGCCGCAGAGCAUCACAAUCCAAACAGCCAUUAUAUUCCCCGCCCUAAGCGUAUCGCAUGCGUUCUUUGCCGAAGGAGGAAAUUAAGAUGCGAUGGGAAAAGACCCAGUUGCGGGACAUGCUCUCGGUUAGGUCAUGAAUGCAUAUUCGAUGAAGUGCGCAAGAAAAGCGGUCCAAAGCGGGGUUAUGUGAAGCAGCUAGAAGCACGUCUGGGUAUGUUCAUUGUCUGUCAUUAUUCGACGCUCGAUUUCUGAUCGGAGGCAUGUGAGCGCCGAUCUCACUGUCUGCUCCGCUAACACCACGCUUAUUAUGCAGCCCAGGUCGAAACUCUACUUAGAAAUCAAGGAGCACAAGUACAGCAAAGCCAGGGCAAUAGUCCUAUUGGUUCGGUGAUAACCCAUUCGGCUGGGGCGCCCGGCAUCUCUCUCCAGGAUGAUGUUCAUAUGCAGUCUCCGGAGGGAGAGGCCGAUCCUAUCUCUUCGACUCCCACAUCGUAUCAUGCAGGAGCAGCAAGCAGCGAUAAUCCCCAAGGUAGCUUGAUAAGCCUGGGGCUGGAAGAACCCCUUCCCACGCAGGAGGUUAUUGAUGAGCUGCAAGUUUUCCCCGUACAAUCGAGAUCUGUAUCCGCCUUCUAAUGCUAUACAGGACUGCGAUAUAUUUCAAGAAGAUACAUCUUCG